AUGGUUGCAGUGGCGGACGAAAGUAAGAAGUACCGUUUGAGCGUAAAGACAUAUUCGGGUAAGGUUGGAUUACAUGACGUCUUUUUGAAAGUCAUGCGCGCAGGAGCUAAUUUCAAGUUUCACUUCAUUCCAGGAACUGCUGGCGAUUCCCUGAAACAACAUGGUAGCUCUUCCUUUACAACUAAGGAUCAGGACAAUGACAGCUAUGGCGGUAACUGUGCUGAUCGAUAUAAAGGAGGGUGGUGGUAUCAUAGAUGUUAUAAUUCAAACCUGAACGGUGUCUAUCGUCCUGGUAAGGACUCACCUUAUGCUGGUGGAGUCAGCUGGAAUAUCUGGAACUCUUUCAAGAGGGCUCAGAUGAAAAAUCAGAUCAGUGGAGCUUUAAAGGAUAUAUGCUAG